AUCCAGUUCCCCUUCCCUCACCUCUCUCAUUUGUCUCUUUUACGUCCGAUCCGAGCGAGCAAAAGCAAGUGUUUUGGUUGGGGUUAGGUGUGCGAAUUUUGAUCUGUUUUCUUUACAGGACAAUUUGUAAUAAAUAUACAAAACUAUCUGAAUGUUUGCAGAAAAUGGCAGACACAGAGGUGUUAAAGAAAUUGAAAGAUGUCCCAUUUAAAAUCCAGACCGCAAGCUUGAAAGAAAGGCGCGAAGUGCUUAAAGAAAUCCAAGAUGUAUUAGCAACGCCGGGUAUAACCGAACCAGCGGUUAGGUUUGUCUGCCGCGUUGUGACAUCUACAUUGCACCGCUACAGAGAUACAACAUCACAAUUUUAUGUCAAGAGUUUGCUGGCAUAUCUUAGUACCAACCAUCGUGAAUGGACAUUACGCAGUUUUCUACCAUUGUUACUUGACAUAUCGGAAAAUUUACGAAAUACAGUUACAUCUAAAAGUACAUGCCAAAGUGGUCUAUUUGCAUUGCACUGGUCAGCGGUAGUGGCCGAAGCAUCACUGAAGAACACAGAUGAAGAUGGCGUUGACUAUAAUUCCUUGGUAUUAUCACAAGCCAAUUUGUUGGCUGUGGUCACCGCUUACGGAAACAAGAAGAAAAAUAAUAAAGCAUUUACUGCAUUGCACGCCUCAUGGACAGCAAUUGGUAAAACAAAAACCACCAAGUGGUUUGAUGUCCUCACCACUUUACCAACUGACUCCGGUCCCCAAAUUCCCAUAAUUUUCUCUGCCCUAUGCAGGCAUUUUAAGCAAACUGGAGAUGAAGAGAUUGUCACCAACCAUAAGGCAAAAAUGCUGGAUAGCUUCAUAAAGAAUCUGAUCAGUGUUAAAAACCGUCCCAAUGCAAACUACAUCAGUGGUUGCGCAGACCUGCUGCACAUGGUGACUUUGGUGGAUGUUAAGGACUCCCUAUUGCCAGCACUACAGAAGGCCAUGCUUCGUAGUCCCGAGACUAUUAUCCAAGCGGUCGGGGAGGUGUUUGCCAAUCUGGUAUUAUUUGUAGAUGGAACUGCUGUUGAUAUUGGCAAAAGUUUAAUAGGUAAUCUCCACUCAAAAGAUGCAUGGGCUCGAGUGGAGGCCAACAAGGCGCUGGGGCACCUGGCGCGUCGGUGCUCCGCGCUACCGGCCGCGCGCCCUCUGCUCGCCAGCGUCUUCGCCGAGUACCACGGUGCCAGCGGGAAACUCACCUCCAGCGAAGAUAAAAUUGCUGUAUUACAGGGUGCGGGUACACUUAGUGAACUAGCGGUGAGUGAGGAAGACUUUACGGCGCUGUACGAGGAGGUGACGAGCCAGGUGUCGCGUGUGCUGGACAGCGAGUCCCACGAGCGCACCCUGUGCGUCGCGCUCGACGUGCUCAGCCUGUGGACGCAGCGAUUGCGUGCUCCGCUACACUCCAAGGUCUAUGAGAUAUUCAAGAAGAACCUGUCCGCAAAGAACAGCACGCCGGCAGUGCGUAGUGCGUACGUGUCGCUGUUGACGCGCGCAGUGCGGGGGGGCGUGUCCGCUGCGCACGCGCAGGCGCUCCGCCCCACGCUGCUCAGCACGCUCGAGCGCGCCGCCGCGCAGCCGCCACAGCACCCAAUCGUAAACGAGGCGAUCUCGGCCAUGCUGGGCUUGAUACUGAUGGACGAGGACCGGCAGUUGCCCGCGAAGACCGCGGUGUGGUCCAUGCUGGUGCACCAUGACAAGCAUGUGCUGCUGCAGGACCGAGUGCUCGCCGCCGCACCGGAUGAUGUCCUAACGCAGGUGGUGUUGCUAUGCAGCGCGGCGCUGGAGCGGUACGAUGUCGUGGCGAGUGACGGCGACUCUCCCGUGUACCGCGCGCUGGUGCUCGUGCUGCUGUCCACCGCCAAGCCGGUGCGCAGCGCCGCGCUGCAAGAGGUCAGCUCCCUCCUCGCCAGGGAGGACCGGGCGCAGGUGGCCCGCUUCCUGGCCCUCAAGCUCAACGAAGUGCUGGAGGAGGGAAAAAUAUUCACCGUUAAGGAGAAAAGUCCCCCCGAAGAGAAGGCCGAAGUUACAGGGAAGAUGAUCAUAGAUUGUGUUCAUGCCAUUUGUUCCUACAGAGAUUACCCUUCCGAUGAAUUGGAAGGGCUAGCGAUAGACAUCCUGCCGAGCUGCCACCACCCGGUGGCGGCCGCGGGUGGCGGAGGUGGUCGCGCCUGGCUGCGGCUGCUGGCACACCUGCGCCUGCAGCCGCGGGACCUCGUCGCCCGCCACUGCACCCAGCUCAGGGCCACCUACAUCGACGGUUACACGCCCACACCGACGAUGUCCAACAUCGUGUCGUCGCUGGUGGCGGCCAACGAGCAGGCGGUGGGCGGCGCUGCGCUGGCGGCGGCGCUGGAUGCGCUGCGGGAGCCCGACCUGCUGCGCGUCACUCGCGACGAGUACUUCGUGUUCCUCACGCCACCAGGCGAUCUCUACGACAAGAGCGUCGUACCAGGCAAUGAUGACGGCAAGGAGAUGAACUUGAAGCGCGAGAGCAAGGCGUACAGCUACAAGGAGCAGCUGGAGGAGCUACAGCUGCGCCGCGAGCUCGAGGAGAAGCGGCGCCGCGAGGGCCACGCUAAGCAGGUGCCGCUGUCUGCUAAACAAAAGGAAGCUAUCAAAUUGCAGCUGGCAAAGGAGAGCAUUAUUCGUGACAGACUCACCGCGCUGAACGAGCGCGUGGUGGUGGCGGAGCAGCUGGUGAGCGCGGUGCAGGCGGGCUCGGCGGCCGCGGUGUGCCAGCAGGCUCGGCACGUGGUGUCCGCCGUGUUGGCCGCGCUGCGCAGCCCGCUGGCCGCUCCGCGCCUCGCCCCGCUCUACCUGCGCCUGCGCCCCGCCCUGCUGCCGAGACACGCUCUGCUCGGCGACACCGCCGCCCGAGUCGCACUCAGGUUACACAAGCCGCAGUGCGAUCUGGAGCCGUGCUGGGAGGAGGAGGAGCUGGGCAAGGCGACGGUGCGCACCAUCGGCCUGCUGCACGCCGCCACCGCCGAACCCAAGCCCAGCGCGGAGGCCGAUGCGCCCGCGCCGCCGCACGCAGCCGCUAACCACUUCACCGCGCCCGGCUUCUGCUACAUAUUCCCUUUGCUCAAACAAGGUCUGACGGGGCCGGCGCGCGGGGACGAGGCGGCCAUGGUGAGCGGGCUGGCGGUGAUAGCGCGCCACGCCAGACUGCGCGGCGAGCCGCACGACCCGCGGGACAUGCUGCGCCCCGCGCUCUUCCCCAUCGACCACAUGUUCCGUCUGCUCAUAGACGUCAUCAGCAACACGAGUAAGCGCGUGCAGGCGGCGGCGACGCUGGCGCUGCUGGAGACGGCGGAGUGCGCGGCGCGCGGCGACCUCUCGCUCGACGACGCCACCUGUCUGCUGGCCGGCCUGCAGAACCCGCAAGAGGUAGUGCGUGACGCAGCACUGCGCGCACUCCUCUGCGUCGCCGACUGUCUGUCGCCUCUGCUGGACGACCUCGAGCACGGCUUAGAAAUUACAAAGCGCCUUUAUAUUGCUACAUUUGAUGUCUCCGAAGAUAACAAGAAACUGGCGUACGAGCUGUGGAGCAAGGUGCCGCGCGCGGAGGCGUGGCUGAGCGGCGCGGAGGCGGAGCUCGUGCGCGAGCUGGUGCGCGAGGUGCAGCACCCAGCCGAGCCUGUGCAGCGGGCCGCCGCAGACGCUCUCGCGACGCUCGUGGCGCGCGCCGACAGCGAGGACUGCGCCCCCAGCAGAGUCAUGCACAUGCUUCACGACCUCUACGAGGAGAAGUACCCCUUAAUCCCCGCGAAGCUGGAUCAGUUCGGGCACGAGCGCGAGUCGGCGGUGGACGAGUGGGGCGCCCGACGCGGCGCGGCGCUGGGACUGCGCGCUCUGGCGCCGCGGCUGACCGCCGAGGAUGUGCCGGCCGCCACCGCCUUCUUCGUGCAGCGCGGCCUGGCAGACCGCAGAGACGAGGUGCGCGAGGAGAUGCUCGCCGCCGCCAUGGCCGUAGUCGACCUGCACGGCAAGGAGACGUUGAGCAGUCAGCUGCCGGUGUUCGAGAACUUCCUGGACACGGCGCCCAAGUCCGGUGGGUACGACGCGGUGCGCCAGUGCGUCGUGCUGCUGGUGGGCUCGCUGGCGCGCCACUUGGAGCCCCACGACGCGCGCAUCCGCCCCAUCACGCUGCGCCUCGUCGCCGCACUCUCCACGCCCAGCCAGCCGGUGCAGGACGCGGUGAGCAACUGUCUGCCGCACCUGGUGACUUCGCCCGCGCUGGCGGCCGAGAUCCAGCCCAUCAUGAACAAGCUCAUGAAGCAGCUCCUCACCGCAGAGAAGUACGGCGAUAGGAGGGGCGCCGCUUACGGCAUUGCAGGUGUUAUCAAAGGGCUCGGUAUUCUGUCCCUAAAACAAUUGGACGUGAUGGGAAAACUCACAGAAGCCAUACAGGAGAAGAAAAAUUACAAGUAUCGCGAAGGCGCGCUGUUCGGUUUCGAGAUCCUGUGCUACAAGCUAGGGAGGCUGUUCGAGCCGUACAUCGUGCACGUGCUGCCGCAUCUGCUGAUGUGCUUCGGCGACAGCUCGCAGUACGUGCGCGCCGCCGCCGACGACACCGCCAAGCUCAUCAUGAGCAAGCUGAGCGCGCACGGCGUCAAGCUCGUGCUGCCCUCGCUGCUGCAGGCGCUGCAGGACGACAACUGGCGCACCAAGGCCGGUUCGAUCGAGCUGCUGGGCGCGAUGGCGUACUGUGCGCCGAAGCAGCUGUCGUCGUGUCUGCCCUCCAUCGUGCCCAAGCUGAUCGAGGUGCUGAGCGACUCGCACACCAAGGUGCAGGAGGCCAGCGUGGAGGCGCUCGGCGUUAUCGGCUCCGUCAUACGCAACCCCGAGAUACAAGCGAUCGUCCCGGUGCUGCUACAUGCGCUGAAGGACCCCUCCAACAUGACGUCGGCGUGCCUGCAGACGCUACUCGACACCAAGUUUGUGCACUUCAUCGACGCGCCCUCGCUGGCGCUCAUCAUGCCUGUCGUGCAGCGCGCCUUCCAGGACCGCAGCACCGAGACGCGCAAGAUGGCCGCGCAGAUCAUCGGCAACAUGUACUCGCUUACCGACCAGAAGGACCUGCUGCCCUACCUGCCCAACAUCAUACCCGGCCUCAAGAGCUCGCUGCUCGACCCCGUGCCCGAGGUGCGGUCCGUGUCGGCGCGCGCGCUGGGCGCCAUGGUGCGCGGCAUGGGCGAGAGCAGCUUCGAGGAGCUGCUGCCGUGGCUCAUGCAGACGCUCACCUCGGAGUCGAGCAGCGUGGACCGCUCGGGCGCCGCGCAAGGACUCUCCGAGGUCGUCGCCGGCCUCGGCGUCGAGAAGCUGCACAAGCUCAUGCCAGACAUAAUAGCGACCGCGGAGCGCACGGACAUAGCGCCGCACGUGAAGGACGGCUACAUAAUGAUGUUCAUCUACAUGCCGGGCGCGUUCACGGACGAGUUCACGCCGUACAUCGGACAGAUUAUCAACCCCAUCCUGAAGGCGCUGGCGGACGAGAACGAGUACGUGCGCGAGACCGCGCUGAAGGCGGGCCAGCGCAUCGUGACGCUGUACGCGGAGUCCGCCAUCGCCCUGCUGUUGCCUCAGCUCGAGCGCGGUCUCUUCGACGACAACUGGCGCAUCCGCUACAGCUCCGUGCAGCUGCUCGGCGACCUGCUCUACCGCAUCUCCGGCGUCUCGGGCAAGAUGAGCACCGAGACCGCCUCCGAGGACGACAACUUCGGCACCGAGCACUCGCACCGCGCCAUCAUGAGCGCGCUCGGCGCGGAGCGGCGCAACCGCGUGCUCGCCGGACUCUACAUGGGCCGCAGCGACGUCGCCCUCAUGGUGCGCCAGGCCGCACUGCACGUCUGGAAGGUGGUGGUGACAAACACGCCUAAGACGUUGCGUGAGAUCCUGCCGACGCUGUUCGGACUGUUGCUGGGCUGCCUGGCCUCCACCAGCUACGACAAGCGGCAGGUAGCCGCGCGCACCCUAGGCGAUCUCGUUAGAAAGCUGGGCGAGCGCGUGCUGCCGGAGAUCGUGCCCAUCUUGGAGCGCGGGCUGAGGUCUGAGCGCGCCGACCAGCGGCAGGGCGUCUGCAUCGGCCUCGGCGAGAUCCUCGCCUCCACGUCGCGCGACGCCGUGCUCAGCUUCGCGGACGGGCUGGUGCCCACUGUGCGCACGGCGCUCUGCGACCCGCUGCCGGAGGUGCGCAUGGCCGCGGCGCGCACUUUCGACUCGCUGCACGCCACCAUCGGCAACAAGGCGCUCGACGACAUCCUGCCACCCAUGCUGGCCCAGCUGCACGACGCCGACCAGCAGCGCGCGGACGCCGCUCUCGACGGCCUCAAACAGAUAAUGGCGAUCAAGUCGCGAGCCGUGCUGCCGUACCUGAUCCCGGUGUUGACGGGCACCGGAAGUGGGCCGGGCGCGGGGGGCGGCGCGGACACCCGCGCGCUCUCAGCUCUGGCGGCGGCGGCGGGCAGCUCGCUGUCGCGCUACCUGCCGCGCGUGCUGCCGGCGCUGCUUGCCGCGCUGCUGGCGGCUAGGGGCUCCCCGCACGAGGCCCGCGAGCUGGACCAAUGCCGCGACGCACUCUUGCCCGUCGUCGACGACGCCGGCGUGCGCUGCAUCAUCGACAUGCUGCUGGAGGCGGUGCGCACGGGUAGCGGGGAGCGGCGGCGAGCUGCGGCCGCGCUGCUGUGCGCUUUCGUGUCGCACUCGCGCGCCGACCUCGCGCCCCACGUGCCGCAGCUGCUGCGCGGACUGCUGCUGCUCUUCGCCGACACCGACCGCGACGUGCUGCAGAUGGCGUGGGAGGCGCUGUCUGCGCUGACGCGCACGCUGGACGCGGAGCGGCAAAUGCAGCACGUGAGCGACGUGCGGCAAGCGGUGCGCUACGCUGCCGCGGACCUCAAGCCCGGCGACCUGCUGCCCGGCUUCUGUCUGCCCAAGGGCAUAGCGCCGAUAUUGCCGCUGUUCCGCGAGGCUAUUCUGAACGGUCUGCCGGAGGACAAAGAGGGGGCGGCGCUGAUGCUGGGCGAGGUGAUCCGGCUGACGUCGGCGGCCGCGCUGCAGCCCUCCGUGGUGCACGUCACCGGUCCGCUCAUCCGUAUCCUUGGCGACCGAUUCAACGCCGCCGUCAAGGCCGCCGUGCUCGAGACGCUGGCCGAGCUGCUCUCCAAGGUGGGCGUGAUGCUGAAGCAGUUCCUGCCGCAGCUGCAGACGACGUUCCUGAAGGCGCUGCACGACGGCAGCCGUACGGUGCGAAUCAAGGCGGGGCUGGCACUUUCGCAGCUCGUACUCAUUCACACGCGCGCAGAUCCUCUCUUUGUGGAGAUGCACAACGGCGUGCGCAACGCGGAGGACGCGGCGGUGCGCGAGACGAUGUUGCAGGCGCUGCGCGGCGUGCUCACCGCUGGCGGUCAAAAAAUGUCGGAGCAGCUGGCGCUGGCCGUGCUGGCCACGCUCACCACGCCGGCGCUCCUCGCACACCCCGACGACCCCCCGCGCAGUGCCGUCGGCGGCUGCCUAGGUGCCCUAGUGCAGUGGCUGCCGGCGGCGCACCGCGACGCGGCCAUCGCUCACCACGUGUUGGGAGGCUCGCCAGCGGAAGACUGGCUGCUGCAGCACGGACGCUCGUGCGCGCUUUUCGUCGCGCUCAAGGAGAGUCCACAGGAGAUCUACCGCGAGCCGUUCCUCGAACGCGUGGAGCGCACGCUGCUCACCCAGCUGGCCAGCGAGCGCGCCCCCGUCGCCUGCAACGCCGUGCGCGGCAUCGGUUACCUCGCGCGAUAUCUGCUGCAACACGACCGCCCCGUGCCGCACAACUUGCUUUCGCAGUUUGUCAGGAGCAUGAACCACUCGAGCAACGAGGUGAAGCAGCUGAUGGCGCGGGCGAGCGCUCUGCUGGGCCGCGAGGCGCCGCUGGAGGCGUGCGGCGGCGAGCUGCUGCGCGCGCUGCUGCCUGCGCUCGUCAACGGCACCAAGGAGAAGAACACCUACGUGCGCGCCAACUCUGAGCUCGCCCUGCGCGCCGUGCUGCGCUUGCCCCAAGACGAACACUUCCACCAGAAAUGCCUGGUGCUACUGGAGGAAGGUGCGCGCGAGGCGCUGAGCGACGUGGUGGCGCGCGUGCUGCGACGUGCGCACAGCGACGUGCGUGACGCCCGCGACCGUGACGAGGACCUGGACUGCACGCUGCUCACCUGAGCCCCUCACACCCUCGCCCCCUCGCCGGCCGACUGCCACCUCACACUAUAUUAUAAUAUA